UAAAUAACUUUUGUCCGGAGCUCUGAAUUGUCAUUUUCUUCCUCGAUUUUCGAUCGGAGUUCGGUUCCUUCGUUUACUCCAAUUUUUUGUCUUUUUUUCUGUCUUGCAGGCCCCAAGGAGAGGUGAAUUCAUGAUCUCUUAAUUGUGAGGUAUGGCGUCAUCUGAUAACUCAGAAGUGGUUGAGAGGGAUAGUAAGGAGAAAGAUCACAAGGAAGAUGACAAAGAGGAAGGGAAGGGAGGAUUUAUUGACAAGGUUAAGGAUUUCAUUCACAACAUUGGAGAGAAAAUUGAGGAAGUUGUUGGAUUUGGGAAACCAACUGCGGAUGUAACAGGGAUUCACAUUCCCUUAGUUAAUCUGGAAAAGGCAGAAAUUAUUGUUGAUGUACUUGUUACAAACCCCAAUCCCGUUCCUAUCCCUCUGAUAGACAUAAACUACUUAAUUGAGAGUGAUGGAAGGAAACUUGUAUCUGGAUUAAUCCCUGAUGCUGGGACUAUCCAUGCACAUGGUUCGGAGACUGUCAAGAUACCAGUUACCUUGAUCUAUGAUGAUAUUAAAAACACAUAUGAUGAUAUUAAGCCUGGGAGCAUAAUUCCUUACAGGAUCAAGGUUGACCUCAUUGUAGAUGUACCUGUAUUCGGAAGGCUAACUCUACCACGGGAGAAGACAGGCGAGAUUCCCAUACCCUACAAGCCUGAUAUUGAUCUUGAGAAAAUACACUUCCAGAGGUUCUCUUUUGAAGAAGCGGUUGCAGUUCUUCACCUGAAAUUGGAAAACAAGAAUGACUUUGACUUGGGACUCAAUGCCUUGGAUUAUGAAGUUUGGCUAUCUGAUGUUAGCAUUGGAGGUGCUGAACUGACCAAAUCAACUAAAAUUGAUAAAAAUGGAAUCAGUCACAUUGAUAUCCCCAUCAAUUUUAGGCCUAAAGAUUUUGGUUCUGCACUUUGGGACUUGAUUAGAGGAAAGGGUACUGGUUACUCUAUGAAGGGAAACAUCAAUGUGGACACACCUUUUGGCGCAAUGAAGCUACCAAUCAGCAAGGAGGGUGGGACGACCCGCCUCAAGAAGAACAAAGAAGAUGGAGAUGAUGAUGAUGAUGAUGACGAGGUACUCUGACAUGAUUAGCUUUUUAUUAUGCUAUUGAUUUCUUGCUUAUUUUGGGUACUGCGAUGUGCAUUUAUGUACAGAAUAGGUAAUUGCAUAUCACUGUAAUAGAAGAGGAAAAAAACACAUUAUUGAUUCUGUCUUAAAAAGUCUGAUUUAUGUACUUUGCAGUGCAUUGAAGCAUCCAAGUUUUGUCUAGGGGGUUUUGGCCUCUCUAGGAGAGUUUUACCUUUCUGGUGCCUAGGCAGCACAAAAGCAAUCAAGAUUAAUGCUUCGUUUGUUAAAUUUUUAAUGCUUAAUGAUAUAGUAUAUGAUGCAGAUAAAACACAUAAUUGGACUUUAUUUAAUGAAAAUAAGCCUUGGGUUGGGUUAUAUAUGUGUUGGACCUUUAGUCCAAAGGGUUUUCUUUGUAAGAGGCCACUAUAAUCGACCUAAGUUAUGGGAAAGAAAUAGGAAGACAGGAUUUACUUUAUUAGGUUAGUUUGAAUUAUUGUUAUUUCCUUUGUCAAGGGUAGGACAAAGCCUUGUGUGGAUAGAACUUCUAUUCCUACUUUGGAUAUAGUUUUACUUAUAUGGGACUGACACCUAUUCUAACUAGUUGAGUUACAACUUAACUAGUUUUAGUUAUAAGGGACUUACUAUUACUAUUAUGGAUAGAGUGUCCUCUUUCAACUUUACUUUCCUUUCCAAUUGUAAGUACACUUUUAGUUUCUAUAUAAAUAAUGUAAGGCUUAAAGCCUUCCCAUGGUUUUUAAUAUUGAAUAAAGGUGGCUUUGCUUUUAUGUUCUGUGUUAUUGAGAAUAGCUUCUGUGAGAUGUAGAAGCAGCACUAAGGUCGUGUUUGAUUGUUUGAUUCUAUAGAGACGUGUAUCUUUUUUAAGAAGUAACUUCAUAGAAUGUGGUUCCUUGGAAUUGUAUUCUUGACAAAAUAACUGUUUGGUUAUUACGGAUUCUGUAUGGUGAUUCUUUCUGAAUAACUGUUUGGUUAUUACGGAUUCUAUCUUUGGGAAACACCCAGAGUCACCUUGAAAAACUGUUUGGUUGCCCUUAAAAUGUAAUUCUUUUUCAAUUUCUGUAUACAACAAUGCAAUGUUAUUUUUAUGUCCCUACACUAGUUUAUAACACUUUUUAUAAUAUUAUAUUAAUAAUUCAUUUGCUAACACAUGGAGGAAAAAUAAUCCUUAUAUUUUUAUUAUUAUUUAAUGAAAAGAAAAUACCGUAAAGCUAAAUUGUCCAGCGAUAUUUUUACUAACUAUUUUAGUCCUUAAUCUGAGUUUUCUUAGUCUUUACACAUACAUAUUGGGGUUAAAAGAAAAAGUCCAGAUUACUUAAUUAAAUGGAAUAUAUCUAUCAUGGAUAGUCGCUCCCUUAUACUAAUCAAGCAACCAACUCUUACUGGGAAACCUACUAAGAGUUUAAGGGCCCGUUUGAUAACAUUUCGUUUCUGUGUUUUUCUGUUCCCAAAAACGGAGAAACGGGCAAAAUACCGUUUGACAAAUUUGUUCCGUUUCUCCUGUUUUUAUAAAUAGAAAUCAAAAUUUUUGUUGAUUCUAUUCCUAGAAAUGGACAUGAUGAAACAAGUUAUACUUGUUUCAUCGUUUCCAGAAACAAGUGAAGGAAUGGAUUUGGAGUUGUGCCCGAUAAGAAAAGCUAUACUCACACCUCUCUUCUCAAGCCUCAAACGACUCCACGGGUCUGCAACUUGAGUUGCAGCAGUACCUCAGGUGAACCGUCUGCAAAUCUCGUCUGCAAAUCUCAUGACCGCAGGUUUGCAAAGGUGCUUCUGGGUUUCCUCCUUCGUUGCUCUGCAAUAUUAUAGAAGGUGUGCCCUUGCUCUUCCGAAGAACCCCUUUUGUUCCCAAUAACUAUUGAACCCUAACACCUACCGUUCCCACUCUGUAACUCAACAUUAUCUCAUUAUCCCAAGGUAAACAGUACCACCCGACACACUUUAAGUUACUAAAUGGACAUAUGAUAGAGCCAACGGACAGGAACUGAAAUAUCCGUGGUGUUGGAAUUGAAGGUCACCAUGCAUCCAUUGUCAUUCUUUUAUGUUGGUGUAUUGAUAGUUAAAUUGAUAGCAUAAACCAAUACAGUAUUUUGCUAUAGGUCUUUUGUAGCAAAGGAUAUGCUCUAAAAUGUAAGUAGAUCUAGUACAACAAAUGUAUUGGGAGUAAAUGAAGUGUCUAGGUCAUGCCUUUGAAGUGAAGUUAAAUGUGAAGCAUUUUGUGGCCCAGAAAUAUAAUUGUUUGGAGUGUUUGCAUAGUCAUAGAAGUCUCAAGUUUGUUCUGGAAACUCUAUUUUCAUUUUUUUUCUUAUUAUCAAGCCCACAAACCACUGCUCAAACUAGCAUGUGAGGUCCAUCAUCUCAACUUCAAUGACAUAUUUAAUAAGUUUUCAGUUUUGUUGUUUGAUUUUGAUGUAUUUUUGGUGAUUGUACAAGUACUUGAAGUGUAUCUUGGAAUUGUCAAAUGAUGUAGAUCAUAGGGAGGAGAUUUGAGUGGAGAAUAUUCUGUUAAAGAUAUUACAGAUACUAUGGGAAUUGUGGGUUUCACUUUGUGGCUGCUUACUUUCUAUUCUAUAGGGUUGAAUAGAUAAUGCUACAAUUCAGCACAGGUUCUAUUUUGUAAUGUUCUAGAUAGUUUCAAUUUGAAGGAAGACUUAAGUUUUAUGGGAUCCUCCUAACCAUAUUUGAGGUUUACUAUUUCAUUGAUUUCUAUAAAGUUAUAAAUGAAGGAGAAGUGGCUUAGAUCCUCAAAUGAUGGAAAAAGAAAAAAAAAUGAGUUGGCUUCAGCCUUGUUGGUGCAAUGGUGAUGUUGUCUUUUAGGAAUAUGGAUGCAGUUCCAGCCUGGUUGGUUGGUGGUGAUUCCAAAGCAGGCCACGGUGAACUAUAUAAGAUAUAACUACUACCACUACCAAUACAAACCAGCAAAAUAAAACCUGGGGAGCUAUGCUGGUUUGAUAUUCCUCCAAAUUUAUGAGCUGUACUGAUUUGAUCAGUGACUGAAAAUCUUUGCAAUUAAAAUAAAGAGCUAAAACUACAAAAGCAGUUUCACCUCUUCUGCAACUGGAGAGAGACUUUUGAGCAGAGCUUGGUUUAAUGGCAUCUCUUGUAGAAGAGAAAAACCAAUUAAUGUAGAAUACUACAAUGGCGAACUGCGAAGGUGGAAGCUGGGAUCAGAGUAGCAAAAAAAGGUAACCAAACCUGAAAUAACCCACCAUUAGAAAAAUGAAAAAACACCUCAGAUCACAUCCAUGGUUUUAGGGAUUUCGGGUGGAAAAAAAAAUCGCAGGUACAAGAUGAGGAAUCAGAAAA